AUGGGGAGUGGACAGUGGGACACCCAUGGAUACUCCAGUGCAACCAAAGCCCACCAAAUGAGCUACGGUUUCAUUCUUCUGAAUUCCUCUUCUCAAGAGCUUUUGUUGCUGUGCUGCUGCAGGAAGAGAAGAGGAUCAUCUUUAUGGAAAACAACCGAAAGAGAAAAAAAAGGACGCAGAAAUCAUAAAGUGGUUUUGAACAAGUUAAAAAAGCGCAUUUGUUGUAUGAGUGAAAGACUGUGUUAGUGUGAGAGAGGGGAGGGCAUCAAAACAGGCAGCCGUGCAGCGAAAAAGCUCGAAACUCAUUCAUAGUGCGGGACAGUGGGCUGAAACACAUUAUUGUAGUCUCAGAAUAGAUCGCGGUACUUGCUGAAGAGCAAAUGAAAUUGCUUUCAAUGAAUUCACAGAAACAGACACUCUCUCUGUGACUCUACCGAUUAGCUUUGGCCAUAGCUCAAAUAGUUCAGUGACACAGUGCGACAGCCUCCGGAAGAAGAAGCAGAAGAGCAGAAAAAGGGCAUAUGUACAUAUGGAA